AUGCAGAAUCUGCUGUCAGGCGGGCUGGACAAGGCGCAUGCAGGGCGGAAGGGGGGAGCAGGCAGGGACAUGGAGGAAGGAUGUGGUAGCUUCAUGCAGAAUCUGCUGUCAGGCGGGUUGGAGAAUGCACACGCAGAGAGAAAAGGGAGAGGCGGGAGAGGAGCUGUAGGAGGUGGGGGUGGAGGAGCGGAGCAGAUGGAGAAGGAUUUGGAAGGGUCCUGGAGGAUCAUGGACGGCGGUGGCAAGGAUGGGAGGAAUGGGAAGGGUGCUCAGUGGAGGGAGCAUCUGAAGGGGUGCAGCCACUGCAGUGAGGAGGGCAGCAGUAGCAGCAGCACUGGUGGCGGUGGCAGCAGCAGCAGUGUGGGUGCGACGAAAUUUCCCAAGGGCAUGUAUUUGAGUGGCGUGGGUGCGACCGACUUUGCUCUUUCCGUUGCUGCUGUGCUGUCGAAGCCACAAUACUGCAAGGAGAGUGACUUUUAUUUCCAAGACGGGAACACUGCGAGCAAGACAAGGGUUGAGGAUGCAGCUAUUGAGACGGCCAGGGAGAGGCUGCAACGGAGUCCACGGGGUGAAGGAGGGGCAGCAAGCAGAGGUGUGGGAACAACAGCAUCAGCAUCACACCCUGCAGUGGUAGCAGCAAUUGCCAACACUCCUGUGAAUACAAACCCUGUCGUUGCAGUCUUCACGUAUCGUGCUGCCCGCAUAUUGCAGUGGGCCCGGACCUAUGGGUCUGAACUCAUCCCCACUAGUCAAUGCUGCAAGGACAGCCCCCAGGAGAAGGUCCGGCACAUGCGCCACCCGCUUCGGGACCUUCCGAGCCUGCUGGUCAGGCUCGGCGCCAUCCCCAAGCCUCUGGACCAAGGUGAGUUCCCCUUGGAGUGGGAAGAGUGGACUCGUGGCGAUGAAGCUGCCGGGAAACUUCCUGAUGACGCCAAUGCGAGAUUCUUUCACCUGGGGAUUGUGGAGGAAGCGAGGGGGACAGCAUGGGAGCGUGGGGCAGGAGAGAAGGGCGGACAGGGGUCAAAUGCAGGAGGCAAGACUGAGACCGCGAAGGGGAAAGGAGGAGACAAAAGGAGGGGCAAUCGGGAGGGAAGGAGCAGAGGGAGUGGGGAAGAAGGUAGAAUUAAGGGAUUGGGGAGGAGCGAAGACGAUAGGCUGCUACAUCAGCCGCUCACAGGACUGGUGCCGCUAGUGCAGAGGAAAAUCCCCAUCGUCUGCUGCAUUGCUGAUGCCGAAAUCCUAGUGGAGUUCGCCGGGUAUCUGGUCAAGCCACCUGCAUGCGCUCACUGCAAGCAGUGCCUUGGUGUCUAUAGCCGUCGCAUGCCCUUCCUCAUGGUCCUCACCAACUACGCCUACCGACCUGUCACCACCCUUUUCAACCGCUUUGUAUCCAUCUUCCCUCCUCCCUCUCCCGAAUUCGACCGGCUCGCUACUCAUAUGGGUCUGCCGCCGUUCCCUGCCAGCCUGCCUGGCUUUCUAAGGUUACCUGUGGUGCAGGCGCGGGCAGAGCAGGUCCCGAUCGCCUUUUUGCUGCAAGUGGCUUACAACUGGCCUCUCCAUAUCCUGGGAAUGACGGACCUGAAAUACGUACACAUGCUGCGAGAAAGAAAGGAAGAAGACGGGAGGGUGUGGGAGGAGGUGAAAAUGUGGUGCCUUGCGAUGCUGUUUGCUUGGACGGGUGGGAUGAAGCUCGAGGCUGAGGCAUUGAGUGACACGUGCAAGGGAAGAAAGGAGCGGUCCGGUCAGGAUGGAGGGGAGGGAGAGGAGAUUUCGAGUGAGAAGUGGCGUGAAUUCUGGAAGAGGGCUGCCGUGCCCAGGUUUUGUGAAGACUUGCAGGAUGAUGGUGGGCCUUCUGGAGGUGCCAGUGGAAGCAGCAAAAGCAGCGGCAGCUUUGGGAGCAGCAGCUUUAGUCGCGAAAGUGACAGACGAAGGGGAGAUGAUGUGAAGGACAAGAAUGAGGAGGAGCCGGCGUAUCUGAAGGCAUGGCCGGGGGGAGUCAAUCUGGUGGCAUGUCUGCGAGAGAUGCUGCUGGGGGAGCCGUGCUACCGCCCUGCCCCCCGUGCUGCCCCUUCCACCCCCGCUGCUCCACCCACUGUCUCUGCGCCUAACCAUGCAAAUGCACCCGUUUCAGUUACAGGGGGCACUGGUUCUGCUGGUGGUGGGGAGAGUGUGUGUGGUGCUGUCGGGUGUGGGAGGGUGGAAGGUGGUGCUGUAAAGCUGAAGAACUGCUCUGGGUGUGGCAAGGUGGCGUAUUGCAGCAGAGAGUGCCAAAAGGCGCACUGGCCCUCCCACAAGCUCACAUGCCCCGGCAGGACCAGCGGCAAGAAGAGUGGGACGGAUGGGAGCAAGGAUGGCAGUGGCAGUAGUGGCAUGGCGAUUGGCAAGGUAAGUGGGCAAGGUGGGUAG